UCACCGGUUAUAUACUCCUUUUUACCCUGAGUUUUUCAAAACUCUCAUUUUAUAGUGUUUUCAAAAUAAUUGGCGGGGACUAGUAUUCGGUUCUGAUUCGAUAGUUUAAAACGCACGAAUGCUGAUUGGUAGGGAGCUCGACCUAUGACGUUACAGAGGGCGGUACUCAAGUUAAAAAAAAAGAAUUUUGCCUCCCAGUUUUCUCUGUGGUCGGGGAUGACUGUAUAAAAAGGGCUGUCGGACGCUGCUACUUGCUCAUUUGAUCUGCGUGCUUCUAGCUGUUCACUUGUCGCUGUGGAGCCAUGUCUGGUCGCGGGAAAGGCGGGAAGGGCCUGGGCAAAGGAGGCGCCAAGAGGCACCGCAAGGUGCUGCGCGACAACAUCCAGGGCAUCACCAAGCCCGCCAUCCGCCGCCUGGCGCGCCGCGGCGGCGUGAAGCGCAUCUCAGGGCUGAUCUACGAGGAGACGCGCGGCGUGCUCAAGGUCUUCCUGGAGAACGUGAUCCGCGACGCCGUGACCUACACCGAGCACGCCAAGCGCAAGACCGUCACCGCCAUGGACGUGGUGUACGCGCUCAAGCGCCAGGGCCGCACUCUCUACGGCUUCGGCGGUUAAUUUUCAGACCCCCCGGUAGCAGAACGACUCAAAAGGCCCUUUUAAGGGCCGCACACUUUUGCCUGGAAAAAGCUGUCUUUUCACUUGUGGAUGAUGAGCGUAUCGGCGCAGUGCCAGCCGGCCAGCGCGAGAACUGCUUCGGCGUGUAAACGGUUUGGAUAUUAGGUGGGUUGGGAUUAUUUAUGAUAAGGGGAUCGACACAUUUAAAUCUAAAAUGAAGGAUUGCUUUGUCUUUGGGAUCCGGAGACAGCAAAUGCAUAAAGAUACUGGCUAAGUUCA